AUGGGGUCGACGUGCUGCAAGAAUAUCGUUCACCGCACGAAGGCGCCGAUACCUCCGCCUGACCUUCCACCUCCAGACCCGGGGGCGCCUUGGCCCGGCGACACCUUCCGCCGCGCGCCGGCCGAACGUGCGCCAGCAGCAGAGAUCCACGUUGCGCUGCCUAGCGCAGAGGAGCCGCUGAGUCCGUCGUUGAGUUCGCCCGACAAGGUCGCUCCCUGCACUUCCCGCUCUCAAACUUCCGAAGGCCUCUCGGCGGCUGCGACCGCCGGCACCCCGCCAGUAGGCGCCUCCUCGUGCGGCUCAGCGCAAGCCAUUGCCGGCGCGUGGCCUGGUGAGGCAGAGAGCACCCCUGGCGGACGGCGCGACCCAGGGGGCGGCGCGAACGCCGGCGGGAAGGAGGGCGCUGAGACCUCGUCGAGGGCUGCACGCAUUCGGAGUGCGAUCGUCACCGCCGGCAGUGCCUCCUCUUCUUCCGCUCGCCGCGGCCUCCGCGCGCGGUUCGCCAGGUCUGCGGGAGACCGGGAGAGAGGGAGAGAAGAAGGCAGUGGCCCGACGGCGCCGUUCCCGGAGGACGAGGCUGCGCCCCGGCGAGGCUCGCGCUUCGGGGGCCGCCAGGGCGAGACUCCGACGGGCGGCGCGCGGAAGCGGCAUUUCCGCUUGUUCCAUCGCGGAGGCGACGUGCAAUGGAGAGAGAAGGCAGGCGCCGAUCGCGCGCGACACAGCACCGACGAAGGUUCGCUGCAGUCUCUGGACACCGCAGCGGGCGUGAACGGUGAUGAGCACCUGCUGGUCUCGUACCCGCCGCCCGAGCUGGCAGCCGCGUCGGCGCGCCCGUCCGACGGCGGCAAGAGGGCGAAGAAGGCGGGCGGAGGCGGGAAGCGACGCGGUCAGGAUGCAGAGGGCGAGGAGCGGGCUCGAGGGGUCAGCGAAGCGGUGGCGUCGCAGCGGACGUCCAGCGUCUUUGCGCGCUUCCGGCGCUCUCUGCGGCGCACGCGCGAGGGCGACCGCGGACGCGCGUCGAGUGGAUCGCCCUCUCCCAGAGGAAAGGGGACUGGCUGGAAGGAGACAGACGGGCCAGUGAAGAGGAAGGGCAAGGCGGAAGAAGGCGGCAAGGGAGGAGGCGGCGGCGGCAAGUCAGGUCGAGAAGAGCUGCGGAAAACCACGAGCACGGGAAGCACGGUCGUAGGUGACGAGGAGACGUUCAGGCGGCUCUCAGCGCCCCCCGAAGACCAAGCUGUGGCGCGGCUGGGGAGGCAGAGCCUCCAUGGCAGCUCAAACAAUACCUCGCGCUUCGUGUCCCCCGAUAGCGACUUCACGACGACCGCUGGGUCGCCGCUCUCGACGCGAGGCGUGGAGGACGGAGAGGAGGAAGCCAGGGGCGCUCGUGGCGCAGAGAAAGAAAGCAGUGCCCAAGCUGCGGCUCAGACGCCAGAGAAAAACUGCGAGACGAAGCGGUCAGGCGACGACUCCUGGGCCUAG